GGUCCCCGCCCCUUCCGCCCGAGCGCCGCCGGCCCUUCUCCGCCUGGUUGCGCCCGCUGUCAGGGCGGCGGCCGCGAUGUCGGACAAGGAGUUCAUGUGGGCCCUCAAGAACGGCGACCUGGACGAGGUGAAGGACUACGUGGCCAAGGGUGAAGAUGUGAAUCGGACACUGGAAGGUGGGCGGAAACCUCUUCACUAUGCGGCGGACUGUGGGCAGCUGGAGAUUCUGGAGUUCCUUCUGCUGAAAGGAGCUGAUGUUAACGCUCCAGACAAGCACAGUAUCACUCCACUCCUUUCAGCAGUCUACGAAGACCACUUAUCUUGUGUGAAGCUACUCCUGUCCAAGGGUGCCGAUAAGACAGUGAGAGGACCGGACGGGCUAACGGCUGUGGAAGCCACCGACAAUCAGGCGAUCAAGGCGCUCCUCCAGUGACGGAUGGACUGAGAUGUCACGUUUCUCUAGUGGCCUCACACUGCUGCCUGUCUGUCACUCUUUGUAUCUUCCAGCUUCUUCCGCUACA